UGGCUAUCCCAACGACGACUCAGGACGGGGGUCGCAGCCCUAUGACAUCACAUACCGUCAUCUCUCCUAACCCACCUCCAGGGCUCCGCCCCGCGCUCUGUCGCGCACGCGUACUACGUCCUUAUGGCUUACGCGAGGCGGCGACUAGGCACCGCCAUUUUGGCCGAUGGCCGCAGGAACACGCUGUCUGGCUGAGACGUGAAGGCAAAAGCUGUCUUGGCCUGUGCACUCCCCACCACAAGGGGAUCGCUUUCUCCAGAAGAGCUGGAUAUUCUUACUUUGUUACAAUUAUGGCAGACAAAUUAACAAGAAUUGCUAUUGUUAACCAUGACAAGUGUAAACCUAAGAAAUGUCGACAGGAGUGCAAAAAAAGUUGUCCUGUGGUUCGAAUGGGAAAAUUAUGCAUAGAGGUUACUCCCCAGAGCAAAAUAGCAUGGAUUUCUGAAACUCUUUGUAUUGGUUGUGGUAUUUGUAUUAAGAAAUGCCCCUUUGGCGCCUUAUCAAUUGUCAACUUACCAAGCAACUUGGAAAAAGAAACAACACAUCGAUAUUGUGCCAAUGCUUUCAAACUUCACAGGUUGCCUAUUCCUCGCCCAGGUGAAGUUUUGGGAUUAGUUGGAACUAAUGGUAUUGGAAAGUCGACUGCUUUAAAAAUUUUAGCAGGAAAGCAAAAGCCAAACCUUGGAAAGUAUGAUGAUCCUCCUGACUGGCAGGAGAUACUGACAUAUUUCCGGGGAUCUGAAUUACAAAAUUACUUUACCAAAAUUCUAGAAGAUGACCUAAAGGCCAUUAUCAAACCUCAGUAUGUAGACCAGAUUCCCAAGGCUGCAAAGGGGACAGUCGGGUCUAUUUUGGACCGAAAGGAUGAAACAAAGACACAGGCAAUUGUAUGUCAACAACUCGAUUUAACCCACCUAAAAGAACGAAAUGUUGAAGAUCUUUCAGGAGGAGAGUUGCAGAGAUUUGCUUGUGCUGUCGUUUGCAUACAGAAAGCUGAUAUUUUCAUGUUUGAUGAGCCUUCUAGUUACCUAGAUGUCAAGCAGCGUUUAAAGGCUGCUAUUACUAUCCGAUCUUUAAUAAAUCCAGAUAGAUAUAUCAUUGUGGUGGAGCAUGACCUAAGUGUAUUAGACUAUCUCUCUGACUUCAUCUGCUGUUUAUAUGGUGUACCAAGUGCUUAUGGUGUUGUCACUAUGCCUUUUAGUGUAAGAGAAGGCAUAAACAUUUUUUUGGAUGGCUAUGUGCCAACAGAAAACUUGAGAUUCCGAGAUGCAUCGCUUGUUUUUAAAGUGGCUGAGACAGCAAAUGAAGAAGAAGUUAAAAAGAUGUGUAUGUAUAAAUAUCCGGGUAUGAAGAAAAAGAUGGGAGAGUUUGAGCUAGCAAUUGUAGCUGGAGAGUUCACAGAUUCUGAAAUCAUGGUGAUGCUGGGGGAAAAUGGUACAGGUAAAACGACCUUUAUCAGAAUGCUUGCUGGAAGACUUAAACCUGAUGAAGGAGGAGAAGUGCCAGUUCUAAAUGUCAGUUAUAAGCCACAGAAAAUCAGUCCCAAAUCAACUGGAAGUGUUCGCCAGUUGUUACAUGAAAAGAUAAGAGAUGCUUACACUCAUCCGCAAUUUGUGACUGAUGUGAUGAAGCCUCUGCAGAUUGAAAACAUCAUUGAUCAAGAGGUGCAGACAUUAUCUGGUGGUGAACUGCAGCGAGUGGCUUUAGCUCUUUGUUUGGGCAAACCUGCUGAUGUCUAUUUAAUUGAUGAACCAUCUGCAUAUUUGGAUUCUGAGCAGAGACUGAUGGCAGCUCGUGUUGUCAAACGUUUCAUACUCCAUGCAAAGAAGACAGCCUUUGUUGUGGAGCAUGACUUUAUCAUGGCCACCUAUCUAGCAGAUCGAGUCAUCGUUUUUGAUGGGAUUCCAUCUAAGAACACAGUUGCAAACAGUCCUCAAACACUUCUGGCUGGCAUGAACAAAUUUUUGUCUCAGCUGGAAAUUACAUUCAGAAGAGAUCCAAACAACUAUAGACCACGAAUAAAUAAACUCAAUUCAAUUAAGGAUGUAGAGCAAAAGAAGAGUGGAAACUACUUUUUCUUGGAUGAUUAGACUGAAUCUGAGAAUAUUAAUAAGCCAUUUAUUAAAAGAAACAUUUACUGGGAUUUUUGUCAUAUAUGACUAAUCAGGUUUUAUGGCCCCACAUACUCUGGAGCUUGAAGAAUGAUUUUUUUUAAUGUAACAUCCAAAGCCAGGUAUAUUGUAAAUUGUAGUCUAAGCACAAAAAAUGGAACUUUUCUGUUCUGAAAUGAUAAGGCCCUUUUUGUGCUUAAUAUUCUAAAGUGAAGACAUUUCAAACUACAAAUUACCUCCAAGUUUUCAUGAUAAAUGGAACAUUUUCAGUAGGUGUAUUAUAUUCGUGUACCAAAUACUGACCAGUGUUGCCCCAUUUUAAAAAUCUUGACAACAUUUCUGUACUUAUCUGGUUUGCCAAGUAUGCCAGUAUAAUGAAACUGCCCUAUUUUAAAAGCCAGUCGAAGACUACACUGAUGAUAUUUGAUAAAUAAACUUCAGGACUAUAUUUGUUAUUUGUUUUCAGUCUUUGCACUGAAUGUUCAGUGUGUGAUUCCUAAGGAAGAUUGCUGCAGAACAUCACUGUCAGAAAAUGGGUAUUUGUUACCAACCUGCGCAUUGUUUUAAUGUUUUUUGGUGCUUUUGAACAUCAUUAUCCAAAAAUCACUUCACUGUCCCCUCAAAGGAAAAAAAAAAAAAAAAAACUGGGUUUUUCAGUUUUUGCAUUCUGUAAGAUUCUAUAAUUACUUUGUUAUUUUUUAAACAUGCAUUUAUAUAAUCACUGAUCAAAAUUUAGGGCAAAAUAUUUCUAAAGAAUAUUUGCUUCCCUUAUAACUACAGUCUCAGAAUUUUUAAGAGUUGGUGCCUGAGAAUCUAUGUAUUUUUAAAACUACAGAUUUUUCUGCUGAGCAGUCAAGGAUUAGGGAA